AGUUUUGCAUCAACAGUCGUAGCGGUCGGAUUAUUGGAAUUCCAUAUUUUCCUCAAUAAUUCAGUAGCAAUGGAGCAAUUAAUCGGAACAUCAGACGAUCCGGAUGUUGGGACCACAAAAACCCAAGACCCAACAAUCUCAUGGUAUUGGGUUCCAGCCUCUAAUGGAAAAGUGCCCGAAAAAGCCGUUGUUGGUGGAUUUGACGGCGGAAAUUUGUACAUUGCCCGGGCUAAUCACAAAGGUGAAGUGGUACCAGGAAAGCUGCACCCGCCGUCCGGAAGCUGCUACAUCCCGUGGGGAGGCUCGGAACAUCGCAAGACAAACUACGAAGUUCUGUGUAACGCAAAGGGAAAAUUCGUCCAUGCUUCCAUUUCCCUUCCAUUCCUAACAAUGCUUACAUUGGUGGAUAUUCCACAGUUAACAAUGAACCUUACUAUAUCGGAAGAGUGAAUAUUUACAAGACGCUUACCCUUGGCAAAGUUUCACGAAUGCACGGCCUUUGCUACAUUCCGUACGGUGGAAAAGAGCUAUAUUUUACUGAGAUGAAAUUUACGUCAGCCAAUAGAAGUUGCAGGUCAAAAUAAAAAAUAAA